CCGGUGAGCUACCCCCAAAGUCUCCAUAUUCUUCCCCACUCGUAUAACCACGAGUCAGUUGAUGGUCUGAACAUUGCGAGACUGUCUCCCUCUACUCUGACGAAAAUUUGCAGACUGGGACCCGACAGACUGUCCAUGAGUGCCCAAGAACAAGUCGCGCGUGGGGGUGCAAAGUUGGCCGCCAUGUUGGAGAGGAGGAAUGAGGAGCCUGGAAUGGGCGAUGAGUGGGAGACGAGAGCAGGCUGGUAGGGCUGUAGCCGACAGGCUGGAUCCAUCCACAGACAGUGAGAAAAAAUUGCGCCUCUGCGUCGCUUCAGAAGCUAAGCCGCCGAAUUUUGCGUGGUGCAGAUGGGCAGCAGAAAAAAGCCACACUUCCGCGGGGGUUUCGAACACACUGGCUAGCAUCCCGCAUCUUGAAAAGAGGGACGUAAAGCGAUGCCGCGGGGACAGUGGCCGGACUCGGGAUGACGGCCAUCAAUUGUUAAUUGCCAUGCUCGCCUGUCCCGACUCUUCGAACCCUCCUAGCUCCGGGAGAAGCGGGCUCCCACACAGGUCACGUGUCAAUCCAGCGGAGCUUUGCAAUUGGCCAGGACGCUUAUCAGGAGCCUACGACACCACGGUUGGCCCAUCGCAGAAAUCUCGAUGUCGUUCGACGUGCAGCGAUGGGGGCUCAAUGAACCACUAGGGUGCUAGCAACCUGUCCACCAUUGGCGGAGAUGACGUUGAAAUUGCUGUCCGCGCGAACAUUUCUUUUCAAGCACCACCAGCACGCCAGCACGCCAGCACCCCGCCAGCAUGAGAGCUCAACCACGCCUAUUUAUACGGCCUAACGCUCCUCUACACCUCUCCAUCGCGCGCCUGAUCCUCCU